GGGGCUGGGGGAGCCCGAAGAUUUGGCGGGGAGGAGCGGGGGAAGCCGAAUUUGGCCGGGAGUUGUCCAAGGGAGUCAAGUGGGGAAGAAAUCAAAGGGGUGCGGAAAUGGGAAGAAUCAAAGUUGGGGAGAUAGGGUGGAAAACACCAGUUGGAUGUGAGUAAAAGGAACCCAAGGCAUUAAGGAAAGGAGCCCGGAAAGGGUGCUGAAAGCAUUAGAAAAAAAGCAAAACAAUAGUGAUGCUGAUGACGUUCUCUUCCGUGAGUGGGCGCUGGGAGAGUUUGUCGGGCCUAAGCAGUCAAAGGUUAAGGUACCUCUCUGGGAUUGAGGACGUAUUUUGUAUGAAGUCAUCUGGCUCAUUCCCUUUCCCCCCAGGUUUGCCACCUCAGGACCCCCAACCCUGCCCAUCCCAGCUUUAAUUCAGCCGUAAUUGCCUUGUUAAAGUUCUAGGAACUUGGCCAUUGCUCCCUGACCCUGGCAUCAUGAUGGGAUGCCCUUGUCACCCCUGAUUGUCCCUGGCUUCAGUCUCAGAAUUGGCUGGAGAGUGAUGGCAGGUCGCAGUCAGAGCCCCUUCCUCCAGCCUCCUGACAGCCCUCGGGGUUAAAAUGAAGGCAAAACCAACUCCAGGCCUGUCCUUGCAGCCAAAUCAUGCAGCGCCUAAAGGGCUGAUACACUCAGGGGCUUCCCGGGAAAUGCCCGUUUUACCUUUCUGGGGUGCCUUCUAAUGACCUAUAAGCACUUUAUGGACUGUAUUUGUCAAGGGACAGUGAAUCCCAAGAAUCACUAAUUUGCUUCUGCUUCAGAAGACAAGGAAGUCACUGACUAGCUAUAUAACUUUGGACAAGUUCCUUCACCUCUCUGAGGCCCAGUUUCCUCCUUGGGAAAUUUGAUAUGGAUUAGGUGAUCUCUUACGGAUCCUUGCUUUGACAUUUUAUGAUCUGUGAGUGGCACAGUAUAGAUGAGGAGCCACAUUCUCCAACCUACAGUUGGAGAGCUACAGUUCAGAACACACAGAGCCCCUAGCAUCUGAUUGGGGCUGAGGAUAGGUCUUCCACAGCCCAGGAAACAUCCCCAAGCCAGCCUGCAACCUCAGUAUUCAGCCUCUCAAACCACAGCCCAUCCUCUGCCCUUGCUUUUUGCUCUGGCCCCAGCCUGGGUUCUCUGAGAUAGCUUUGAAGAGGUGCAUCUCUCUUGGGGAAAGUGAUGCUUGGAGGUCCCAAAGAUGAAAGGAAACAACAUUGGGGGCUCUCUUGAGGAGAAAGGAUUAUGGGCAUAAGAAAGGGAGAGCAUUUCAAAUUAAGAAUCAAAACAACUUGAAAAUUAAAUGGCUCCAGAAGAUGGCAGUCUGCUCCAUAUUUUGAGCAAGUGAAGUAGGAGAGCUGGACUUUGGCCCACUCAUGUUUAUGCCUUAUAUUUUUCCUGGUUAACCUCCGCUGGUUAUUUUUCUUUUCCUCUUACUCUGUUCCUAAGCUCUUUGCUUUUCUUUUUUCCUGUCACUUCCUCAUCACUUUCACUUUUCUUUUAGCAUGUAGGGCAUCUGCCUUCAUUAUCUCUAUUUCCAUUUGUCUCCCUCUCAUCCUUAUUCACCUGUGCUAUUCCUUCUCCCUACAGAAGGGGUGGAAAACCUACUUUUUCUCCAAGACCAUGGUUGACCCACCUUCCUCCCUCAGGCUCUUUCUUGACAGUCUUCUAGAAGGGAGAAGAGUGAAAAGAAGCAGUUCCUGAUGCAGAUGAACAAGGAGCUCCCAGCUAUCUCUGAAGGGCACAGAUCAGAAAGCAGCAUGCCUCCUAAUAAAGAGGCCAGCAAUCUUAACACCUCCCCUGCGGGGCUCAUCUGCCUCCCUCCGAUCUCCGAGGAGCUCCAGCUUGUGUGGACCCAAGCAGCCCAGACCAGUGAGCUGGAUGGCAAUGAACACCUGCUACAAACCUUCAGCUACUUUCCCUAUCCCAGCCUAGCAGACAUUGCCCUUCUCUGUCUACGUUAUGGGCUGCAGAUAGAAAAAGUCAAGACCUGGUUCAUGGCCCAGCGCCUCCGCUGUGGCAUCAGCUGGUCAUCUGAAGAAAUAGAAGAGACUCGAGCUCGAGUGGUAUAUCACAGGGACCAACUCCAUUUCAAAUCUCUCCUCUCUUUUACUCAUCAUGCAGGGCGGCCCCCAGAGGAGGUGCCUCCUUCUCCAAUGCCACCUCCAGAACAAGUUAGUCUUGGAAUAGUGCCCCUGACUCUCAGUGAGCCCGCCCAGAUGAAAGGAUUGAAGGUAGAGCCUGAGGAUCCCUCAGAGCCAAUGAGUCACCAGAAAGCAAAGGAGCCUCUGAUGGCACCUGGCAGUGGGGCAUUCUCCCACCAAUCAGGAUUUUGGCAGGAUAUUCAAAGCAGUGAUCUCUCUAAGGAGCAGGCAGGCAGGGGUCCUGACCAAUCACAUGGCCUAGGUACUGCUUCCUGGAACCACUCUACGGCUGUCCACCAGCCACAAGCUCGGGAUAAAGCCCCACCAAUCUCAUUACUUGCCAGUAGUUAUAAGCAGGGGUCAGCAUGUAAUGUGACUCCUUCUUCCUCUACCUCUUCCUCUUUCCAGGUACUGGCUAAUGGAAUUACAGUCACCUCUAAACCCUCCCAGCCACUGGGCUGUCUCCCACAGCCACUGUCACCCAAUGAGCAAGCUCUACCCAUACAUGUGGAGCCAGCCUGGCCCCAGAGGCUAAGGCCUAACUCAGUACUAGGCAGCAUUGGCCCUGCAGAGUACCUUUCCCCUGAUACCCAACGCCAGCGAAAGACCAAGCGCAAAACCAAAGAGCAGUUGGCUAUCCUCAAAUCGUUUUUUUUACAGUGUCAAUGGGCACGGCGUGAGGAUUACCAUAAAUUAGAACAGAUUACUGGUUUACCUCGGUCUGAGAUUAUUCAGUGGUUUGGUGACACACGCUAUGCCUUGAAGCAUGGGCAACUAAAAUGGUUUCGGGACAAUGCAGUACCUGGUGCCCCUAGUUUCCAGGAUCCAGCAAUUCCCACACCAUCGCCUUCAACCCGCUCUUUGAAUGAAUGGGCUGAGACACCACCUCUGCCAGUGCCCCCACCUCCACCGGAUAUACAGCCCUUGGAGAGGUACUGGGCAGCCCACCAACAGCUACGGGAAAGCGAUGUCCCUCAACUGAGUGAGGCGUCAAGGCUUAGCAUCCAACAGGUACUGGAUUGGUUUGAUUCUCGUUUACCUAAGCCAGCUGAGGUGGUGGUUUGUCUAGAUGAAGAGGAGGAAGAGGAGGAGGAAGAACUGCCUGAAGAUGAUGAAGAAGAGGAGGAGGAGGAGGACGAUGACAGCGAUGAUGAUGAUGUGAUCAUACAGGACUGAAUGGGGGCUAUGGGAGGGGCAGUCUUACUAAAAGACGAACCAACUUAGUAACUGUUUAAACAAAGAAACCACGUUUUAAAAAUUACCUUGUGGCAAAGAACUGAAAA